AAAGGACGAAAAAAUAGCAAAAAUAAUAAAAGUUAAAAUUUAUUAAAAAUACUGUUUAUAUGGAUAAUCUAGCGAGUUUAGAGUCUGCAAUUAACUUAUUCUACAAGAGCCAAUCGAGUGAUCAGGCUAAAUUAAACGAAUACCUCGUAGAACAGCAAAGAUCACAACUUGCUUGGCAAUGGACUUGGGAGUUUCUGGAUUUCUCAAAGACUGUCGAGGUGCAGUUUUUCGGCGCAGUUACUUUACAUAACAAACUAUCAAAGAACUGGCAGGAAGUGCCAGAAUCGAUGCACAAUGAGUUGAAAGAAAAGCUUUUGCAAAAAAUUGUUGAUUUUGGUAGUACCGGCACAAAACUCGUUUUAAACAGGCUUUCUAUGUGUCUAAGUUCAUUUAUUGUUCAUAUGCUCAAAGAAUGGCCAUCAGCAAUAAGUGAUGUGAUUAGUAUGUUCCAAAAUGAACAAUUACCUAAUAUCACCCAACAUACCCAGCAAUGGAUUCUCUUUGAUGUCCUAUCCGGUGUUCCUGAAGAAGCUGUAAGUGUAUUUACGUCAAUUCAACGAGUACAAUUGAAGAAUGAAGUCUAUAAGAAUGCACCAUUCGUGCUUAAAACUUUAGAGCAAUUUAUCUGUAUGAAAUGUGAAAAACAGCAACUUGAGGAUGAAGACAUUACGUCUUUACAGAAUGCCGCAAAAUGUGUACAAUCAUGGUUUAAAAAUGGUUUAAUUCCACUUGAUCAAUGUAUGGAAAUAUCAACAGCUAUACUUAAAUUAAUCUCAAAGAUUUAUUGGUCAAUUUCGGAAUCAGAUGGAUGUCUAUCGCCUGAUGAAAGUGAAUUAUCAGAGACAUGCUUAAAAGCAUUAUCAAACAUGAUGGUUCUACCAGAUGCACACAAAUAUUCAGGCACAGCACUAGCUCUUAUGAGAAUGUUCUUAGAACUUCUUAGUCCAAUUGUUAAAAAUGAAUGGAAAAUGGACAACCUUAACGAAGAUAUUGCAUUUUGUAUUUAUUCCCUAUUCAUCACAUCCAUUGAAUGUCAUUCGAGAACAAUUUUAGCUGGAAUCUCUUCGGAAUCGCCAGAUCAUCAUGAAAUUUAUGUCCGUUUUGUCAAUGAAAUAUUAUUGUGUACUGACAAACCUGGAACCUAUCCAGUCGAGGAAUCAUGUUCAACACUUGCAAUGGGUUUUUGGUUUAUGCUUCAAGAUGAAGUCUUGUCUUAUGAUAAUCCAGUAGAGCGUCAAAGGUGUCUAGCUGAAAUUCAACCAGUUUAUGCUCAUUUAGUCAAAAUACUUGUAAGGAAGUCACAGUUACCGGAUGAGAAUUGUAUUAAUAAAUGGAAUUCAGAUGAUUUGGAGACAUUUAGAUGUUAUAGGCAGGAUAUAGCUGAUACAUUACUCUGCUGCUUUGAUGUACUACAUAAUCAAAUUCUUAAAAUAUUAUCAGAUAUUCUCGAUGAAGGCAUAGCAGCGAUACAGGUUGAUAUAAAGAACUGGCCAAUAUUAGAAGCAGCAAUUCAUGGUUUCUGUGCUAUAUCGCAACAAAUUGAUGGAAUCGAAUAUGAUGAAAUUGCUAAACUUAUGCGCGUACUAAAUGAAAUACCGUACGAGACAAUGAAUGAGAAAUUAUUAGGAACAGCAUUAGAAACGAUGGGAUCACUAAGUGAAUGGGUUAAUGACAAUCCAAAAUAUUUAAUGAGCGCAAUUCAAUUGCUUGUAAAAGGACUCGACUCAUCGAUGUCGUCGCAAGCAACAUUAGGACUUAAAGACUUGACAUCAGAUUGUCAGGAAGAUCAAAUGAUUCCAUUAUCGGAACCAUUAUUGGAUGCAUGUCAACAAGCGCUAUUAAAAGGACAUUUAGCAAAUUCUGAGUCAAUAAGAUUAAUGUAUAGUAUUGGUAAUAUAAUGAGUGUAGUUUCGACUGAAAAGAUUCCAAUUUAUCUUGAUAACAUUAUCUCGCCGUGCUUUACUGAGCUUCAAAUGCAUGCAGAACAAAAAAAUACAAGUGAUUGCGCUAGACUUCGUGUCAUGUUUUGUCUCAAUAUGAUUUCGACACUGUUCUCGUCGCUAAAUACGAAUAAAAUUAAGAAUGAGAAGAAAAGAAUUCAACCUGUUAUGGGCGAAGCUGAAAGGCCUCAACCAAUCUUGAUGAUUCUUCAGAAAACAAUGCCAAUAUUUAAGCAAAUAUGUGAUCUAUACAUAAACGAUAUUCAAGUAGUCGAAAUUUUAUGUAAAGCAAUUCAACAAGCUCUCAACAACUUGAUGGAUGACAUCAAGCCUAUAUUGAAUGAUAUUUGUAUACUCAUCCUAUCUAUUUUCCAAAAUAAGUGUGUACCGCCUGUUAACGAUAUUGCUGCUUUGUGUAUUUUGAUGUUUUUUGGCGAUGAAUCAUAUAAGGAACCGAUGAGACAGCUUCUAUUCCAAAUAAUUUUCUACAAUUUUAGAACAUUUGAGCAAACACCUCCAAAUAAAUUUUCCGACAUAUCAGAUUUGUUGGAAUCAUUUUAUGCGUUGAAUACAAAAAUCGUGAAGAAAAUCCCAACAGCUUAUUCGAAUGAGAAUAUGGAUUUUGUAAAGCUUAUGGAUUAUGCAUUAAAAAGCAUAACGUUACCUGAGACUGGACCAUUAAAAAAGGCUUCAUCCUUCAUAGCAACAUUUGUUAAAGAAUCAAGGAAUCAUGUCAGCAUGACAAAUACCAUUUUACUGAAAGGAGAUGACAUAGUCAAAACAUCACUUUUGUGCAUUGCUGGUGGAAUUCCGAGAGUUAAUGUUGAUGUCUUUGGUGAUGUCUUUAUUGCAUUAAAUUCGAAAUAUCCAUUAGAAUUCAUCGUAUGGAUGAAAAUACUUGAAGCACCAACGUUCCCAACAACUUAUGUCAAUCACGACGAGAAAAUAAAUUUCAUGAAAGCUAUAAUUAAAGAGAAAGUCAACAAGCGACUCAUACAGGAUCACAUCAAGAGAUUUGCAGCAAAGUGUCGAGGCGUGAUUGAAGAACAACAUAUGUAAGGCCAAACGUAAGAAUUUAUUUAAAGCAGAGGAAUCUUUUGGAAUUAUUUUAUCAAAUUCGGUGACUUUAUUUUCAUUUUAAAAAUGUGAUAUGAUAAAUAUUGAGACAAAAUAAAGACACAGAAAGAUUGUAGCUAUACAAAAAAA